AAGAGAAAGGAGAGAGAGAGAGUCGGAGAAGGGAUUGUGAAAGAGCAGAUAGAGAGAGAGAGAGAAGAUAAGCGAAAGGUGAGAUCUUUCCAGUGUGUAAUAGAGAGAGGGGGGGGGGGGGAGGAGCUCCGGUAUUCUGCAAUUUCCGAUCAAUUUCCGGCGAGUUAUGGUGGGGUUCCGGUGAUGAGAGAUAGAAUCAAUCUCCUGUGUGUGGCUUAUCUGAUAAGAGAGUACCAGACAAAGUAUGGAUAGGAGCAGAGAAGCUCGGAGGACUACUACUAUGGCGGCUUCUAAUGGGUUGUCCAGGAGGAGGCACCGGACUGGCCUCAGAGACUCACCAGAGGAAGAUGGCCCCGUCGAGCUGCCGGAGACGGCGAGGUUGAGAGAUCGAGGUGGGAGCGGCAAGAAGGAGAGGGACAGGGAUCGGGAUCGGGACAGGGAGCGGGACCGGGACAGGGAUCGGCUUAGCCGGAGCAAGCGGCGAAGAGCUGAUAGACUGAUGCACGGCAGCAACAGGGAGGACGGCGGUGACGACAGCUCCGAGGAGAGCGUCAACGACGAGGAGGACGACGACGACGACGGCGGAGCUGGCGGCAGCGGCCACAUGAGGGUCUUGCCGCCUCCCCCCACUGGCCCGCCUCCGUCGCUGUCUUCAUCCUUGUCGAACCAGAACAGUCGCCGGAGCUUCCCGCCGCCGGCCACCGCGGCGGCGGCUAAGGUGUUCAGGCCGGUAGCUCCGUGGAAGCCUGCAGACGAGAUGAUUGGUGUGUCAGUCCCGCGGAAGGCUCGGUCAGCUUCGACAAAGAGGUCUCACGAGUGGCUCUCAAGCAGUGGCCAUGUCGCUGUGGGGAGUGCCGGGGAGCAGAUACUCCGGCAGGCUUCGACGUCGCCGGUAAGGUCAAGCUUGGCGGCCAUGGCGGCGUCUCCGGUGCGGCCGGUCUCACCUUCUUCUUCUAACGCUUCAGCCCGGAAGAAGAUGAAGGCAAAUGGGCUGAAGCCGAGACCGCCGAAAUCAUCCUCGAAGUCCUCAUCUUCAGAUCAGGACGAAAUCGAGAUAGAGAUAGCGGAGGUGCUCUAUGGGAUGAUGAGGCAGCCUCAGGUCCCUCCAUCAAAGCACGAAGCUGCGGGGACUGACUCGAUGAGGUUCGAGCUCAGGGAGGAGAGCAGAUUCAGCGGAGACCCGAAAUCCCGAAUUUCAUCUCCCAUCUCUAACUCCCCUUCUGCUGCUCUUCCUCAGUCCUCUUCAGUUUUGCCUCAAAAUUCCAGCUCCUCUGCCACUCCCAUGACUGCUAUUGCACCGAAGAGGAAGAAGCCGCGGCCCGUGAAGUACGAUGACGAGAACCAGCCAAUCCUCCCAGUCCGGGGUAGCCCCAUUCCAGCCCCGUCCAAGGCCGACACCGAUCAAGCGGCAAAGGUGGGGUCAACCUCACCAAAUCUAGACCGAGCGAGGGGAUCUGCUACGGCUGAGAAUGGCGGGACUCCGUACGAUUUAGCUACGGCCAAGCCGGUUGCAGAGCCGGAGCCAGUGAAGCCAGAGACCGCUGCGGUGGGGCCCGAUUCGAAGCCUUUGCCGGUAGGAGAAUCGGAGAUCAGGGAGGCAGGUGCGGCCAAGGAAGAACCUCAAUCUUCUCCCAAGAAGGAAUCUUGUGGUCUCCGAUUGCAUGAUGAUCGUAUGGAUAGCAUGACAGCGACCAAAGCGAAUGAGAUUGAGAGCCAACGAGAAGAGAAAUUCCAGAUAGAUCUGAUGGCUCCUCCACCGUCAAGAUCCUCUCAGGAAAGGGACGUUGAUAUCGAUUUCGCAGCUCAAGAUCCUAAGCCUUCGAUAUCGGACAUGAAGACUGAAGUGACCCUGAUCAAGGAUGAUGAGAAGUCAAUGAAGGAGAAAGCCAAUGCAAGUUCUGGGGAGGUGAAAGCUGAAUCCCACAAGCAAGCUCUUCACAAGGAGAAGAACAUCGAUCUGCAGCUCGAUUUGGAAAAGCCCACCGAAAAUGGCAACGCCACUGGGACCACUUCUAAUAAGCUCAAUCAGCCCAUGCAUAAGCAACAGCAGCAGCAGCAUUCUCACUCCGAGAAGACUGCUCAACCCACCAAUUCCUUGACUUUCCCGAUGUCUGUUGCUGGAUGGCCGGGCGGGCUUCCUCCCAUGGGGUAUAUGACACCUUUUCAAGGAGUUGUGUCCAUGGAUGGAAGUGCCGUGGCUCCUGCAGCUAUCCAGCCUCCUCAGUGGCUUUUCAAUCAGCCACCGCCCAAAAAGUGUGCGACCCAUUUCUACAUUGCGCGAAACAUUCAAUAUCACCAGCAGUUGACUAGGAUGAACCCCUUCUGGCCUGCAGCAGCAGGAUCGGCCUCUCUAUAUGGGGCCAAGCCCAAUGUUGUUCCAUCUGCCGAACUGCCCGGAAGAGCUGUGACUGCAAUGUCUGAGAAGGCUCAAAAUCUCGGCGUCUUCCCGGGGAAGGACAGCAAGCCCUCUCCCCCUGCAAACAGCGUUGAGCCUUCCCAGAGGAAGCAGCAGAUCCUGCUUCAGCAGACUCUGCCUCCUGGAGCACCACCCAGUAAUAUCCUGGGACCAGCAUUUAUUUUCCCUCUGAGCCAGCAACAUGCUGCAGUUGCGGCUGCUUCGGUCCGGCAAGGGCAGGGGAAAGCCCAGAACCCUGGCAGUAGCACUGCCUCAUCCGGUGCUUCCACCUCCACCUCGGCCACCGCGGCAGCAGCUACUGCUAUGAGUUUCAACUACCCCAACAUGCCUGGCGGUGAGACCCAGUACCUGGCCAUCUUGCAGAACAAUGCCUACCCAUUCCCAGUUCCCGCCCACGUUGGUACUGCUCCAACUUACCGUGGCUCUCAUGCCCAGGCAAUGCCUUUCUUCAGUGGAUCAUUCUACUCGUCUCAGAUGCUCCACCCAUCGCAGCUCCAACAGCAGGCCCCUGCUCCCCCUUCACAGAUGGCCCAGUCUGGUCAUCAGAACAGUUCCAUUUCAAGUGGACCCGCAUCGUCCCAGAAGCACUUGCAGAGCCAACAGCAGCAGAGACCGCUACAUGCGAGUGUUGGCAACGGUAGCUUGCAGGGCUUUCCUGCCACAUCUAAAGGCCUGCCUUCUCAGCAACAGAGUCAGAACAGCUCUUCUCAUCAUUCUCGGCCACUUGAUCAUGAGGUCGGUGCUGAAGAUAGCCCUUUGUCAGCUGAUACCCGCCGAUCCAAUGUGAAUAACUAUGGCCAGAACUUCACCCUGCCCCUUCAUCCACCGAACUUCGCUCUGAUAUCUGCUGCACAGAUGGCUGCAGCAGCACAGCAGCAGCAGCAACAGCAUCAGCAACAGCAGCAGCAGCAAUUCAUGGGAGCCAAGGCUGCAGGAUUUGAUUCUCUCCCUUCUCAGGCCUUUGCCAUGUCUUUUGGCUCAUUAAAUAAUUUGUCCACUGCUCCAAACAUAGACAUCUCGUCCAUUGCGUCGAACCACGCCAUCCUCCAGAGCCUCCCUGAGGCCACAAGACAUAGCUACCAGGUAUAUGCAGCAGCUGCUGCCACACAAAAUGCACUGCAGAAGAAAAAUUACCGCCCCUCCGAUGAGGGUAAAAAUGGAGGCAAUGAUGCUGCUUCUGAAGAAGAAAGAAAGACGAAAGGCUCAACCAACAUGGGGCAGUCCAUUGCCUUCUCUAGGCAAGAUCCGAUGGCAGAGGCUUCUGUCUCAUUACCUGGCAGCAACGUGGUGGACAGCUCUGCCCAAACAUUGAACCUCGGGUCUGCUCCAGUCCGCUCUUCCGGCUCUGUUAUGCCUUCAGUGGUAAACACCCUAAAUUCCCCGGCUUCUCAGCAGCGGAACCAGCAGCAGCAGAUCAUGCAGAUGCAAAAGCAACGCCAGUUUGCUGCUGGAGCAGCAGCGGCUGCUCGGAGUAAGGCCCCAACGACGAGUAGUGUGAGUGUCUGCACCGAUCAGCAGCUCCCACCUUUCUCUUCGGCUGCAGCACAUACUGCAGCAGCUGGAAAAUCUCCUAGUGCUUUGUCCCCGUUCCCACAAAACCUUGUCCAGAGCACUACUAGUCCAAACCAGUCCCCUCAGUGGAAGAACUCUCCUCGAGCAACACCAGGAGCUUCCCAAGUCCCGUCUGCCUUGAACUCUUCAUCGGCUCUGAAGAACCAUCACCAGCCACAGCAAGGGCGGACGCUCCAAGGCCAAACACAGAUCUCUUUUGCUGCUGCCAACUCGAAAGGCCCCAAUUCUCCACAAGUUGUAGGGCAGCAGCUUCCAAGCUCUAACCUGUCUCCCUCUCCUCCAUUAAUGGUUGGGUCUCCCACAACCUCGUCCAUGUCCAAGAGCACUGGUGGAAGCCCAAGAACUGCUGCUGCUGCCUCCACGGGCAACAAGACCAACCAAGGAUCAACUCUAUCAUCACAGCAGGUCAAGAGCAGCUCCCCUUCAGUGGCAGGUCAUAAGUCCCCUGCCGGUGCUGCAGCUGUCUCAUCCAUCUUGGGGAACUCUCACAUUAUGACCUCAUCAGGUGGCCAAACGAAACACCAGCUCCCUCAGCAGCUUCCGAAGCAGCAGCAGACCCAGCUGUUCUUUGCCCACCCCUAUGUCCAGGUCCAGCAGCCUCAUUCGACGUCUUCCUCAGCUGGUUCCGCUGCCACUGGGUACUACCAUGGGAGGAGAAGCAGUGAUGCGAAAUCAUCGCAGCAGCAGCCUCCUCAGGGCUCAACGGCCACUCCUUCCUCCUCAUCUGGGAUGUUAUCACUCUGUUCUCCUGUCUCACUUGCUAAUUCAAGUACAUGCGAUCCCGUGAAAGCAGUUGCUGCAAGCAAUCUGAAGGGUGGGGGGUUGCCCUCGCAGGGAAUUCUCCAUUCUGCCCAGUUUUCUGCUGUGGCCCAGUCCUCUGCGGGUCCUCAUCAGAUCGUACCUGCUGGGUUCCCUUACGUUCACGCGGUUCAGGUGAAAGCAGCCGAGCAGAAACAACCUGCUGCUGCUCGAGAAGAAUCAAGACGGACGGACACGUAAUCGGAAGAAGAAGAGAGAGACAAUGAAGCAGGCGGACCCAACUGAUCGGCUCCGCCAUGGCACACCCUGCAAUUUUGGAGGGAAUCGGAUGAACAGAGGCGGGGGUGGGGGAUGAAUGGGUGGCGAUUCUUAACCCAGGGGGGGGUCGGGGCUCCUGCAAAUGUGUAAAAUCUAUUUGGGUGUACCCUUUCCUUUUUUGUUCUGUCUAUAAGAUCUGACAGAGUUAGUUGAUACAUUUGGGAAAUCUGAUGGAAAUAUGUUGAUUGGUUUUUGAGUGGUGGGGGGUAGGAAGCAGUAGAGAACAAUCAAAUCUCUGUCAAAUGUUUUUGUUUUUGUAGGAGGAAGGGAAGGACAGAUGAAAAGGGGGGGGGGGGGGGGGGGGGGGGUUGGGAAAUCCAAAUCUUUUGUGUGUUGAAAGAGUGGGAGAGGAGGAAGAAAGAGCAAGAAAUGAAGAAGAAGAAGAAGAGCAGCCAUUCUACCCCCCUUCCACUUCUGGUUCAGUUCUUUAUUGGCAUUUGCCCUGCUCUCUCUCUCUCUCUCUCUCUCUCUCUCUCUCUCUCUCUCUCUCUGGUUUGAGAAAAGCUAAAAGAGGAAAGGGAGAAAAAUCUGAAGGGGGAGGAGAGAGAGAGAGAGCAGGCAAAAAAAAAAAAAGUGUCCUCUUUGACUACAUAAAUUUAUGUCAUUUUGACAUGGAUAUUGCUGUGGUGGGUGUACAAUUAAUGUAUAUGCCUUGUCACAUGGAAACAUGAUCCUCCCCCCCCCCCCCCCCCUUCACAUUCUUUUCCAUUACUCUCCAUUGCCCCAUCUGCUAAGAGGUGUUUAUUUUUUGACCACUGAAUAGGUUUCAUUUUUGGACGGUUUAAGUCGGUAACUGUUAAAUGAUGUCGGGAUCGGGUUCUGUUCCGGGAUAAGAUGUUUCUUUGAAUUGUAUUGUAUUGUAUUGUAUUGUAUGGAUGUAAUGUUACUACUGAGAGGAUAGGCAGAUGGGAUAAGUCGAGGUGGAUGAAUGGGAAGCCUACGGAUCCAUUAAA